AUGGCCACUAUGGCUUUUGCAUCGGCUCAAGCAUGCGACAUCGUCCCUGCAGUCACGCAUACAUUCUAUGGAUUCCCCGACAAUGAUCCCCCCGGCCCUGCAAUCGCCUACGAUUGUGGUCGUGGCCUCACAGCCGGGGGUAUCGGCACGUCCGACGAUCCUCUGACCUUCGCCUCGGCCCCUGGCGAGUUCACGCAGUGCGAAGUCAUCUUUUCCCCGUAUCUACACAAGUACAUCCGGUUCGAGGAUCUUUGCUCUCAAUGCGCAGAUGAGUGGACCAGCUCUGGAAUGCAUCACAUCGAUAUCUGGACGGGCAGUAACACCACCGACGGAGGCCAGGACCAGAUCAACUGCGAAAUGAGGCUGACCCCGGCCGGCGACUUGUCCAUCGUGCGUAAUCCCAGCAUGGACCUGGCUGUUGAUGACACUCCGCUCUUUGUCCCUGACGGCAACCCAUCCUGCAAUGUUGACCACGUUUUCCCUAAUGAGAGUGCUGCAACCUUUUGUUAG